AAUGUAGCAAGAGCGGAAUAUCCCAAAUCUAGCGGCAGGGGAGGAGGGGGAAACCAACAGCUCCCGGGCCCUUUUUUACUCAACCUCUUAACGCCGAAGUCGGGCUACACAGUGCGAAGGGCAAGCGAGAGAGUGCGGGUAUUAACGUUUGAAUGCGCUUCUUUGCGCUCAUCACUGGGACCCGUGUGCGUAGACGACACUCCUCCUCCCCCACCCCUUUCCAGCAGGACGUCUGGAGAAGCGUCCUGACAGUGACAGGGCGAUCGGCAAUAACUUCUGGCUGGACACGUGAAACGCAAUAAUCCCAUAAAGGCAAAGGAAAUUGCCGGGAGGAGAAUAAGAGAUAAAGGUAUGGCAGCAGCAACUAUACCCAGGACCCUUGGGGAGCUGCAGCUCUACCGCAUCCUGCAGAGGGCCAACCUGCUGUGCUACUACGAGGCCUUCAUCCAGCAGGGCGGCGACGACGUGCAGCAGCUGUGCGAAGCUGGCGAGGACGAGUUCCUGGAGAUCAUGGCGCUGGUGGGCAUGGCUAGCAAGCCGCUGCACGUGCGGCGCCUGCAGAAGGCACUGCGCGACUGGGUCACCAACCCAGCGCUCUUCAACCAGCCGCUGGCAUCGCUGCCCGUCUGCAGCAUCCCUGUCUAUAAGCUGCCCGAGGGCUCACCGCACGCCAAGGUGCCCAAGUGCGCGGCGGUCGGUGGCGCUGACGUGGGCAAGCCGGACGCCGCCGGCACGUCGCCCCUGCAGGGUGGCAGUGAACCCCGCUUCUGGGCUAGCUCUGGUGGUGACAGCGAGCCCAGCCUGUCCCCGGCGGAACAGGGCUCGCCGGCCUCCCCGCGCGACGGCCUGGAGGCGCUGGAUGCGGCGGCCGUGCGCUCGGUGGCGGAGUGUGUGGAGCGCAUGGUGCAGGCGCUGCCCCGCAGUGAUGCCACUGCCGACAUCAGGGAACAGCUCAAGUGCAACAAGAAGCUGGCCAAGAUGAUUGGGCACAUCUUUGACAUGGCCGAGGAGGACCCGCGUCGUGAGGAGGAGGUGCGCAAGUACAGCGCCAUCUACGGGCGCUUUGACUCCAAGCGCAAGGAUGGCAAGCACCUGACGUUGCACGAGCUGACCGUGAACGAAGCGGCUGCGCAGUUGUGCAUGCGGGACAUGGUGCUGCUGACGCGCAGAGACGAGCUCUUCGGGCUGGCACGCCAGAUCUCCCGCGAGGUCACCUACAAGUACACCUACCGCACCAGCAAAUCUCGGUGCGGAGAAAAGGACGAACCCUCCCCUAAGAGGAUAAAGACAGAGGAACAAGGCUUCUUUGAUCUCCAGGAGGCGCUGCGUGCAAUUCACAUACGGCAGGAGACGCUGAGGGAGCAGCUGGCUCUUGCCAAGUCCAAAGGAGAGGAGGCUGUGGUGCGAAGCAUCCAGGUGCAGCUGGAGUGCCUCCUCUCCAGGCAGAAGGAGAUGCUCCACGAGGAAGCAGCACAGGAGCGGCUGCAGGUGCUGGACUGGAGGCUGCCGACGCUGCCUUUCAAGCAGAGCAGCAACGGGCUCUCGGCGGAGAAGGGAGUCAGGCUGGCAGGAGCAGACCGACCGCUGAACCUGAGAGUGUCCGGCCAGAGGGCGGCCAUAACGGAUGGGGACACGCCUCUGGGCAAGCAGCUGGCCAAUGAGCUCAAGAGGCAUCACUUCAGCAGUGAGGGCAAGGCGGUGCUCACAGAAAACGGCACUGACUUCUCACAGCAAGUUCUCAACCUCUCCGAUAAGAAGACCAUCAAGUCAGAGCCAGAAGACUCCAGAUAGCGGCUCUCCCCUCGAGGCUGCCCCACCCCUCCAAGCUCCCCCUGGCCCACACCUGACCCCCGGCUGCGGCCCGUUCAGUCCGUCUGUCAGCGAAAAACUGAACAAGCCCAGCUACAGCAGAGCCUUAACGACCGACGGUGCCUCAAAGAGGAGAAGUGUGUUCAUUCUCUAUUGUCGUUUUCCGUUUGUUUUUUUCCGAAGCGCCUCGAACCCUUAGCUCUCGGGGAGGUUCCAGGGCCCGUGCUCCUGCCGAUGGGACUACUUUUGGGGGGGCCUUCGACUGGCCCUCCCCCACCUCCCCCCCCCCGGUCUCAUGACACGGGACCGCGGUGGUGUUGUUUGUACAUAUGAUGUUCCACUAGAAAACUGUACAUGAUGUUAUUUAAUAAUGUGCUCUGUAUAGAAGCAGUACGUUUGUCCCUCGAACCCGGGGCUGACGGUGUUUGUGUGCCUGUUACGUGUGUCUGCUUGCCCUGCUGCACACAGCGCCCCUUCAUGUGCACAUGCAGAGACACCGGUUAUUCCGAUUUGUUAGGAAAGACAGUUAUUGGCCUACAAAGACUGAGGGGCCCCAAGGAGAUGCCUUCUAGUGGCACAUUUAAGGUCACACAGACUUAUGUGUUUUUCUGAUGAAAGCUCUUCUGCAACCACGAGUACAUUCAGUGUUUAAGUUGAGGUCACCGUUUCGAUCCAGUGGCGGAAAUGAAAGCGUCUGAAAUGAAGGCUGACCGAUGCUGAUCAUGUGACCAGCACGGCCCAGUGGUGACCCCUCAGUUCUGUGGCCUCCUAGAAUAAGCACAACACACAUCUCAUCCCGAUGUCUGUGUCCUUUACAGGAAGGAAGGUAUCUUGAUUAAGGGGAAAUGUGAUUUUUACAAAAUCACAUUGUUUUACUUACUGUUUUACUCAUUUCUUUGGAAGGGGUCAGUUUUCUGAAUUAAUAUGUACAUAAUCUGAAAAUAACAGUACAACUGGAUCAGUGAAGCAGGAUUUUGUUAUUUGCUCAUUCCAACUAGUAUUUACUGCAUUGAUUCUGAUUCCAGUAGUAUGUUUAUGUUACUAGAGCAAUACCAAAUAGUUGUUGUGGAGAAAACUCAGUGAAUGUUUCUGGUUGUCUUACCACUUAGAUUGUUCUCAUAACUAUAGUUCUGUGUUGACUAGUGUAGUCAUAGUCUUAGUUUGACUUAUCUGCUAGUUUACCUGUGACUGAUAUGCACCGUUUUUUAAAAAUCAUUAUUUAAAAGCCAAUGUUUGUGCUGUUAGAGUAAGCAUAAAAGAGUUCAGUGUUUUUUGUGAGUACAUCACUUUUAGAGUCAUCUUAGUGGUUCAGUGAGUGAUAUGAUAUAGUCGUAGAGGACCCAGUUUCUCAGUAACCUCGAGGGUUGUCGUGGAGCGUAUUUUCAGGUUUCCCGCCUCACGUCACUUUCAAUUGGAGCUUCUCAGCGUCUUUGUGCAUUUAUUUAAACGGCCAUCGAUACCUCCUUCCCUCAGUUGCUCCGAAUGUUGUGUGCAGUAGUCACUUCGGAGCCGGUUUCGGGAAAAUAUCACAAUUGUGUGACGAUUUUUUUCAAGUUGUGUACAAAUAGCAAACACUUCUUUUGAGUAUGCAAAUCUUUUCACUUCUUAAGUGCCAUUUUGGGGGUGAGUCAAGGGGAAGAGAUGCUGAAUGAAAAGGAAAAAGCUCAGAAUAUGACCUGAGAAGUUAUUUUGAAGACAUUGGUGUGUCACCUGCUACGAUAUUUAGCUGAGCCCCAAUGUGCUUUUUCAUUCUGAUUUUGCCUAAUGUUUCUUAGCUAACAAAACAGUAAGAGAGUAAAUAUUUCUCUAUAAAAAUAGCCACCCCUGCAAUUUACUGGUGGGUAAAAUUAUCCUCUGAGCAUCCUGAUAAAACGUUAAACUUAUCAUUUAUCAUAAAACUAGAUCAGAUUAGAUCACGGCAUAUUUUAAGCCUACAGUAACUUACUGAUUUGAAGUACUGAGGUGUUUAUUGUAUGAAUAACAUAUUUGGCUAGUUUCGAUCACACUCCUUCAGAUACAAGACUUUGAAAUGUUUGAAAACCCUCAAGUCAUAAACAAAACCUUUGGAGUAGUUUAAUAGAGAAAAAAAAAACAUCCUUGUGUUUCCACAAACGAUGCUAGAUGCUUGAGAUAAAUCUCAUGUAACAUGUAGCCUGAAGUGACUUCCCUAAAGAUUAUACAUCACUCUUUAGGCUGAAAGAAAGGUGAUUAAGAUAACACACUCUUUGUGUUUAAAACGUGGAACAAGCAAUAGCAAGUUAAAAAAUAAAUCUCUCCUGAAAGAACCGUAAGCAAUAUGGGCAAGGAUGUUCCCACAGCCCCUUACAUUGUUGCGUCUUUCUUACUGUCCUCUGCCACCUUUGAUACGGUUUUGUUUUUUCAUCUCGCUUCAAAGUGUUUUUUGUUCUCUGUUGGAAAGCGAUGAAAGCUGAACUGUAGGAUAGUAUAGUGUUUGUCGUUUGUAGAAUUCCUAUCUGUACUCGUCACUGUUAUGCAUAUGUUGUUUUGUAAACACUAAUAUAUUUAAUUUGAUAUACAACAUAUGAACAUUAAACUAUAUUUUUUUGAGAUCUGA